AUGAAGUUUAUCUCUGCAGCAACGGCCUUUGCCGUGGUGAAUGCGGCCCUAGCUGCUCCUCAAUUUCCACCCAGGCCUUCUGUCUCUGCUCCAUUCUCUCCAGAGCAGCCCUUCCCAGAACCACCUGUUCCGUCUGUCUCUGCUGCUCGUCGCCAAUUCGUCCCUGGCCCGUCUUUCCCUGAACAGCCAUCCUCGUUCCCCGUGCCACCAUUCGAGCGUCGCCAGUUCCCAUUUCCAGAGCCUUCUGGUUCUGCGGUUCCGUUCCCUCCUGCUCCGCCAUUCCCAGAACGACCAUCUGGCUCUUCGUUCCCUGUGCCACCAUUCGAGCGUCGCCAGUUCCCGUUCCCAGAGCCUUCUGGUUUCCCGACUCCUCCAUUCCCUGUUCCCGAGCAGCCCUCUGGUUCUUCGUUCCCUGUGCCACCAUUCGAGCGUCGCCAGUUCCCGUUCCCAGAGCCUUCUGGUUUCCCGACUCCUCCAUUCCCUGUUCCCGAGCAGCCCUCUGGUUCUUCAUUCCCCGUGCCACCAUUCGAGCGCCGUCAGUUCCCGUUCCCAGAGCCUUCUGGUUUCCCGACUCCUCCAUUCCCUGUUCCCGAGCAGCCCUCUGGUUCUUCAUUCCCUGUGCCGCCAUUCCAGCGCCGUCAGUUCCCGUUCCCAGAGCCUUCUGGUUUCCCGACUCCUCCAUUCCCUGUUCCUGAGCAGCCCUCUGGUUCUUCGUUCCCCGUGCCACCCUUCGAGCGUCGCCAAUUCCCCUUUCCUGAGCCUUCCGGUGUUUCCUCAGUCGCCCCUCGGCCUGGAUUCCCCGGUGAGCCUCCCGUUCCAUCUGGCUCUGUGACUCCCACGCCUCCAUCUGGCUCAUUCCCCCGACUUGUCGCCAAGGCUUUCGGCGCCUAA